AUCUACACAGGACUAGCUGAGGUACUUAUCAAUACCGUAUAGGCUAUAGCGGGUAAUUCAGAAAUGUUUGCCCCAAAAAUUAAUCUAUAUAGAUUAUACACAGCUGUAUACCAAUGGAUAGAGACUUAUAGUUGGACUUCCAGCUCAUUCUAGUUGCCCACAAUCACUAGAUCUAGCUCAUGAACAAUUAAUGAGCAAUGCUAACGUUAACGUUGUGUAUACACCUUGAUAUCAUUAAAUGCUAGUGUUACUUAAACAAACUUCCACUUAUAAUAUACUCAUGCAUGGACAGAAAGGAAGCACCCAGAACAUUGAUAAAUAGGCUUGAACAAGAGCAUUAUAGGCACAGUAUACUAUCUAUUGGUAUAAUCAUGAGCUUCUAUAAUUAUUUGAAGAGAAUGGCUAUUGUACUAUUCAUAAGCUUUGCUCUACUAGCUACACAAGUCACAGCUCAAGCAGCAGAUUGCAUUAACAGCACACUCAGACUAUCGAUGGAGACAGAUGAUGGUGCUUCAAUCAAAGGGCUUCCUGAGUACUGCUUUAGUGGAGUAUGGAGGAGGAUAUGCAUGGUUAAUGGAGAAAUGAGGGCAGAAGCAGAAACAAAGCAAAAACAAGCAUGCAAACAAUUAGGAUACGGUGCUAAAACAUCACUUUUACCAGGACUGCAGCUGGAUACAGAUGAAGAACCAUUUGUAACAAUUGGGAACUGCAGUAUUAAUGCAAAGAGCUUACAAGAAUGUGAAGUGAGAGAGACUACUGACUGUACAAUGCGAGAGCAGCUCAGAUGCAACAGAGCUUCCUGCCCAAGUGAACGAGUAAGACUAGUGGGUGGAUCUACUGAACAUCAAGGUCUAGUGGAGGUGUGCUCUGAUGGACGCUGGGGAACACUGCAUGCUAGAAAUCCAACUGAAAUUGCAAGGGAAGUUUGCAGAAGACUCUUGAAUGGCGAGGAUGAAGCCAAUUUUUCUAGUGUUACAUCAAUUUCUUCCAAGCCUGCCUACAACUGUUCAAUUCUUAGGGGAACACUAACCUGUGAAGAAUCUACUUACGACAAUCAUCAUUUUCAUCUAAACGUUUCAUGUCCAAUUUCUAAUAACAGCUGCAAGCAAGAAGUUAGAUUGACUGAUGGAUACAGCUACAGGGAGGGGAGAGUUGAGGUUUGUUCAGGUGGCGUGUGGCGAUCUGUCUGCAAUUUUGGUCAAGAAGGAAUUGCUGGAGCAGCUUGCUAUCAAGCUGGGUUUCCAAGGGAAGGAGCCAUGGUUACAAGCUAUAGGAGAGAAACCACUGACAGAAUUAGCUGCUGCUGUUUCGUUACAAACACAAAUCUCAACUGUAUUUCAUGCAAGGAAGUUGCUUGCAUUUACAUGCUCGGUGUUGUUUGUCAGGUUUGGGACCAUUUACAACCUGCAAACAAUGCCAGUGAAUUCUCUACUACACCCCUCUCUGUAACAGAGUUCACAAGUCUGGACUCUACGACCCUGAGCCAGGGCACUGAACUUGUAACCAGUACCCAACUCACAAUCACAUCCCCUGACAACAACACAGUAUUGUUUGGAGCCAUUAUUGGAGUGCUAUUUACUCUACUGCUAGCUACACUAGUGGGAUGGAUGUGCACAUGCAUCAUCAUGCAUAGGAACAACACUACAAAGUCAACUAGUUCUACAAUCAAGGAUCCAAUAACUACGGAUGACAACUAUUCACUGGCACAAGUCAUUGACUCUUCAUACUAUGAAGCCACGCCCACUAAACCACCACCUACAAGCCCCAGUAACGAUGCAACUAACGAGUGCGAGUCUAAAACACAAAUAAUACACGUGGAAUGUGCUACCUACGAUAGUUACGCUGGCCCCAACCAGUUACUCUCGCAAGCAAUCAACCCAUCUAGCUACAAUACUGUGAGCACAAGCGAUGAAGGAAUUGGAGACUAUGAUGUCAUUGAUAAUAACAAGCCGAAACAGAAACCAAAACCAUCCAACCCACCACCAGUGAAGGUUGAGGCCAGUAAGGGAGAAGAUGAGUUCUACAAUGCAGAGGAGCAUAUGUGUAUAGGUACUGAUAUGAAAGCUAAGAGGGACAAUAAAUCAAGGAAUGCAGAAACUGAUGGACUGGAAGAGAACAAGACGAAGAAAGAGUCUGUAUAUAGUGUGCUCAGGCCUGUGUGAAGAAUGGAGGGGGCGGCUGUGUGGGAAGUGGAGGGCUCAGAGGAAGACACGAGGUUGUGAAGCAAACAAUUAUUGCACGAUAGCUCAAACAUUAUUUGCACAUCAGAUUUCUUUGUAUUUGUUUUUGCUGAGUAUGCACUAUUUCAUUAGCAAUACUGACACUCAAUACGCACUUUUAGCUGACGAUUAUUGACGUCCGACGAAGAUCGGUAGUCUACUAGCGCAGCCGCUCUCGGACGUUCGC